AUGGCUACAAUAUUUGGUGUAUCGUUGAAUCCUUUUUCAACUCCUGUGGGUGAAAAAAUUGAAUUAGCAACUGAUGGGGGCUUGGCUUCUGAAAACUGGUCGCUUAAUAUGGAAAUUUGUGAUAUGAUUAAUGAUACAGAAGAAGGCCCUAAAGAUGCAGUUAAAGCAAUUCGUAAAAGAUUGCUUCAAAAUGCAGGCAAAAAUCAUAAAAUAAUUAUGUAUACCUUAACAGUUUUGGAAACAUGUGUAAAAAAUUGUGGUAAACGAUUCCACAUUUUAGUUUGCAACAAAGAAUUUUCUCAAGAUUUAAUUAAACUAAUUGGUCCAAAAAAUGAUCCACCAACCAUUGUUCAAGAAAAAGUUUUAAGUCUUAUUCAAAGUUGGGCAGAUGCAUUUCGUAAUCAAACUGAUUUACAAGGAGUUUACCAUGUAUAUAGAGAACUUCGUCAAAAAGGAAUUGAAUUUCCUAUGACAAAUCUUGAUACUAUGGCCCCAAUACAUACACCACAUAAAAGUUUUUCUGAAGAGCCUAAACCAGUAGUUGGUUCACAUUCUAGUGAUCAAACUAAUAGUCGUUCAAACAGACCUGAUCAACUUCAUAAACUGAAUUCUGAUUUGGAGUUAGUUCGUGGAAAUAUGACAGUGUUAAAUGAAAUGCUCUCAGAAUUAGUACCAGGAAAAGAAGAGGAAUCAGAUGUUCAACUUUUAACUGACUUGUAUACCACAUGUAAAGCAAUGCAAGAAAGAAUUGUUGAACUCCUGGCUAAAUUAUCAGAUGGUGAACUUACUGAACAGCUAUUAUUAGUCAAUGAUGAUUUAAAUAAUCUUUUUCUAAGAUAUAGCAGAUAUGAAAAGAAUAGAGAAGCAAGAUGUAAUACUACUUCUGUAGAUGGUCCUUCUAUAAAAACAACUGAUUUGCUUCAAGGUUUUAUUGAUGAGCCAAUUGCCACAACUUCAAAUCAAUUUUCAAAAUUAAGUAUUGAUAAUGAAAAGCCUAAACAAAAGCCGCCUGCAGAUUUGCUGACUAGUAUUCAUACAGAUGACUUUGAUAUGUUUGCUCAAUCUCGAUCAGUAUCAUAUGAAAACACAAAAGUUGGAGGAAGUAGUUAUGAUGCCAAUUUAAAGCCAGAUCAAGUCAACAGUUUAGCUUCUUUGACUCAAGCUCGAUCACAAAACGUGACAACAAAAGAUGAUUGUGCUCAUGAAGAUGUCAUCAGGAUGCAUAGUGAACAGGAUUUUGAUGAAAUAGCAGCUUGGCUCAGCGAAAAUCCAGGAAGUUCUACAAAAAUUGGAAAUGAAGUUGAAGAAUCUUUAUCAAGCAGUGAAUUUGAGAGAUUCCUUGCUGAAAGAGCAGCAGCUGCUGAAAAUUUACCCACAGGAAGCAAUGGAAAUGAAUCAAGACGUAACAAAGAAAAACAAGGCGAUACAAUGUUUGCUUUGUAAAUAUUUAAUUUCCUAGUCAGUAAUUGAAUAUUAAUCAUAAAUUUGUUAAGGUAUUAAUCCAUAUUAUUGCGUUUAUUCUAAAUUAAGAGAAACCAUAAUAUUUUGUAGUCCGUUAUCCAAAUCAAUUGUUCAAUCAUUAUUUUUAAAAUAAUCACAUAUUUUAAAGAUUAUAUAGAUAUUCAUUCAAUAAUAUUGUUCUUCG